UGGGAGUGGCCAGACAAUCGGAUUGGAUAACAGGAUGUUGAGUUGAUCUGUUUUGGGGUGAGGCGGUGCGUUCAGGGGGUGCACAACUUUUUCUGCGUGUUUGCGCAGUUUUCGCAGCCUUUCACUCAAUCUGGAUGAACCAAAGCGCAGCGAGGUAAACCUGCAGGAGCAGGAGCAGCGCAGAGACGCGCUCACAUCAGCGGAAAUACCACCGGAGCAGGCCGCUGCACAGACACCCAACCUCUCUCUCUCUCUCUCUCUCUCUCUCUCUCUCUCUCUCUCUCUCUCUCUCUCUCUCUCUCUCUCUCUCUGUGUGGCUCACUGCAGAGAGAAAGUUGUGGACAUUUUUUCCUCUGAAGUGCACGGUUGGGUUUUUUUUGUUGCGGAAACAACUCUGCAACAUUGUAACAUUGUAACAUUCUUUUUUUCAUAUGGACACAACUCUGCAACAUUGCAACAUUGUAUCUAGCAGCGUUCUUAAUGCGCCUCUCCAGCCGCUCCGGACUUUGGAUACAUUAUGUGUUGCUGGGAUUGUAAAGUCGCCUGUUCGCCAUAUUGUGCGCAGUGAAACUCGAGUUGAGGAAAGUUGUCAAACAGAGUUAUGACAUUUGCUGCGCACGAUCCCGUCAUGGAGCUGCAUGACUUUGAUCGGAACCAGAGUGGCUCCAUGGAGCUGGCCAUGGAGAGAUCCGUGCGCCAUUGAUCAGGUCCGGCACCAUAAAGAGGAUGAGAAGAAAGGACAACAAACGUCAGAUUUGAUUGUGGAAGGAGGGUUGCAUGCUCCCCACCCUGCACUUUCCUUUGGGAUUUAUAUUUCCUCCCAAAUACCUCGUGUAUACACACAGAACUCCUCAACCACAGGCAGUGAAAGCACACUACAGAGGCAUUUGCACGCUCAGAGAUCAAGAUUGAGACUCUAACAUUACAUUUUAUAACAUUACUAUGAGUCUUCCUCCUCAAGCGAAUGCUGACAAGAGCGGCAAGCUUCGGGCUGCAGCCAUGAAAGAGCCUGUGCAGCAUUCAGGGGACGUUUAUUAUGGUAUGGGACCUCCGGUGUUAGAGCCGAGCCACAGCGACUCUGCUAGCAGCUCUGGCGUUUACAACCCCGAGAAAGGGCCCCAAAGUCUACUGCACUACCAACAGGCGCCUCCAGUAAAGUGGAUGCACCAGGACUCCGUGCAGGCCCCCGGCUGGUCUCAGGAAGCUCCCGUUCCAGCCUGGGGUCAGAACUUUGGCCCCUAUGUGAGUGGCGUGAACGCCAGAGGUCAGAUGGCCUUCCACAAAGGGGUCCACGAGGGUGUCGCGCUGCCAAUGGCGGGAGAAACCCAACCUGUGGAGGUUUACAGAGAUGCCACCCAGGCUCAAGCUCAGGGAAGGGGGCUCGAGUGGGAGCACGCCGCCGCGGCCGCGAUGCACCAGGCUCAGUUGCAGGCGUAUCAACACGCCCACAAAGGCGUGGAGCUCCAGGGUCAGCCCCACGUGCCUCCUCACACUCUGCAGGGGUCCAUGCUGCAGCCCUUCCAGACCACAUUUAGGCCCAGCAAGCAGCAGUUUUCAUCAGGUUAUUACUCUGUUUUUCCAGGCAACAAGGGAAUGCCAAGUGUGGCGUACGCCGAGCAACCUAAAAUGCAACAACAGAUGCUUCAACAGAUGCAGCAGCAACAGAUGCAUCAUCAUCACCAGCAGCAGCAACAACAACAGCAACAGCAGCAGCAGUUGCAGCAGCAGCAGCAGCAGCAGCAACAGCAUCAACUCCAGCUGCAACAGCGGCAACAUUUGCAGCAACAGCAGCAGCAACAAAUACAACAGCGUCAAAUACAACAGCAGCAAAUGCAGCAGAUGCAGCAGCAGUAUCACCAGCAGCACAUCCAGGAGCGACAGCAACAAAUUCAGCAAAUGCAACAACAGCAACAACAGCAGCAGCAAGUGCAGCAACAGAAGGUGCCGCAACAAGAUGCAACGCCACCACCGGUGCAACCGAAACAGCAACAAACCCAAAACAUUGUGGCUUUUCAGCCUCCUCAGCCGGGUCCUCCUCAGCCGGGUCCUCCUCAGCCGGGUCCUCCGGACGCCGCGCCUAAAAAGGAGGAUGUCCAGUCAGUGGCGCCGCAGCAGGCAGAGGCUCAAACCCACGAUGCAUCACCCGUACCUGAUCCGUGCCCCGAAAAGGUCGCCACAAAUCCCGCAGAGCCUUCAGAUGCGACGCUGGCUGCCCCCCGGCGUUCACGACGCCUUUCCAGAGACGGGCAGUCCCCGCUGGGACCCCCUUCGACAAACAUCUGGUCUCAAGCGUCCAAAGAUCCUCCGCCAUCCCAGAACGGAGUAGCGGGCGCUCAGGCUGUGAAAGGAGGGGAGGUGACAACAGGAGGCGUAAUCCGUAGGAGACGGAGGGCGUCUAAGGAGAUCAACCUGGAGACUCUGGCCCAGAAGGCGUCAGAAAUGGAGUCCCUGCCGGCUAAAAUGAUCAAGCAGGAAGACGGUUCCGUCAGACAGGCCACCAUGGUGCCUCUGGUUAUCCCAGUAUCGGUGCCCGUACACAGGAGUCAUACGGAUGCUCAGGGUAACUGGAUUCUCGGACGACAUGGCCUGGGCGAGCGGCCUGCAGGACACUCCGAUCGUAAACCGUCUGUCAUCGUGGCUCGUCGGCGAUCGCUCAGAAACAACAUGAGUGAGAGCUCUGGCCAGGACGGGGAAGACGAUCCCGGGCCGGACGACGAUGGAAAAUCCAAAUUUAAGCGCCGACCUCGUCCCGAGCCGCUCAUCAUCCCUCCUCACAAACCCUCCACCUUCAUCCCUCCAUCCCUCUACUCCAGCAUCACCUCCUACCAGAGCAACCUGCGCUCUCCGAUCCGCCUGCCGGAACACCCCCUCAACCUGCCGCCGUACACGCCUCCACCCAUCCUGUCUCCCGUACGCGAGGGCUCGGGGCUCUACUUCUCCGCCUUCCUCACCAACAUGGCCGUGAGCAACCAAAUCCUGCCACCCCCGCCUACGCCCAAAUCUGCAUCACGCAGUCUGUUGCGCUCCACGAGUUCAGAUAUCACACCUCCUGUUCUACCGUUAAUGACUGAUGCUACUCCUGCGAGCCUUGAACCACGUAUCAACAUCGGACUACGGUACCAGGCGGAAAUCCCAGAGUUACAGGAUCAACCUUCCUCCCAGUUUGACGUGCACAAGGCGAACCUGGUCUGGCUCCCUGUGGAGGUCUCCCACCUCAAACACGGCGACCAAGAGAGCAUGGAGGAUCUGAUGAACAUGGCUUGUUGCAGUGUGCUCAGGGGCGGAGGAACCAACCAGGAGCUGGUUUUACACUGUUUACAUGAAUGUGGAGGUGAUCUCCUGGAAACGCUGGGACGGUUGAUGUUUCAGGACCCGGUUUUACCUCAAGGUCACCACCUGGCAGGUUAUCACUACUCAGGCUCCGACUGCUGGACUGCAGAAGAGAAGCGCUACUUCAACAAGGGCAUCUCUGCCUACAGGAAGGACUUCUUCAUGGUGCAGAAACUGGUGCAGACGAAGACGGUGGCUCAGUGUGUGGAGUUUUACUACACGUUCAAGAAACAGGUCAAGAUCGGCCGCAACGGGAUUUUAACCUACGGCCCUCCAGAUUCCCCGAUGGAGAAGCACACGGAGUCCGUGGUGGACGUUAAGAGUUCACAGCAGGCAAAAUUCAAUCAAGGAGAGACGGUUGGAGACGACAGGAGGGAUGUUUCUUACGAGAACAGCAACCAGGCGAGGAUCGCUCGGUCACUACAGGCUCAUGACUACGCCGGGACAGUGCUGGUGAUCAAAGAGGAGGCUGUGAAUAAGGAGGCUCACCACCCGUCAGCACCUCACAGGCCUCCGGCCGAGCCUGCAGCGAGGAAGAGCAGAGCGCCAGCGAAGCCCCCGCCGGAUCCUGACGCAAUAUUUCCGUGCAAGAAAUGUGGCAGGGUGUUUUAUAAAGUGAAGAGUCGGAGCGCCCACAUGAAGAGUCACGCGGAGCAGGAGAAGAAGGCCGCAGCGCUGCGUCAGAAAGAGGAGGAAGAGCAGGCGGCGGCGGAAGCUCGGGCCAGGAAGGCGGCAGUAGUGGCGGCGGCGGCAGUGGCGGCGACUGUUAAUCAGGGAGGAAAUGGGAACGGAGUGACAGAGGACGCGGAGGGAAGCAGCCAGGAAGAGUCAUCUGAGGGAGAGGAUGAGAAAGAUGAAGACUGGCACUGAGAGAAACCAGAGAGAAGAUGGACUGAUGGGUGAAAAGAGGGUCGAGAUGGAGGUCAAAUCAAAAGAUGGCGGGAUGAAAACAAGACGUCCUGCCUCACGGAGAGCAGAAUACAGACAAUCAGAGCUUCCUGUUAAUCUUCACACUCCUUCCUUGUGACCGUCAUCAUCAUCAGUCACACACAUUUUGUACUUUUUAAAUAUUCAGAGGAAGUUUAUUUUUUUUGUAAAUGCACUUACGCUUCUGCUUUUGCCAAUAUUGCCUUUUUUAUAUCCUUUAUUUAAUUGAAUAUACGUCAAAAUAUUACACAUUUUCAUCGCGUGGACUUACACGAUAUUUCAUGAGAUAAUCAGGAUGCCUGUUUAGCAAUAAAACAUCACGAUCAAAUCACUUAACAGUAGCAGCCCUUUUAAAUAAAAGAGAGCAAGAGCUUGUAUUUAUCGUUUUCUUAAGAAAAAACUGAAUGCUGAACUUUUGCAGAUUUCCAUCAGAUUUUUUAGGUCGGUUGCACACUUAUUUUUACAACGUAAGGGACCUUUUUUGAAAUUAAUAUGUACAAAAAAAGUAUAUAUGAGAUGGCCAUAUAUUUAUGAUACUGCAUUUUUUGCAAUGAUUUUUUUAGUAAUAUAAAAACUAAUCAGCUGCAAUAAGACUUAUGUGAAUUGAAAAGUUUAUUAAAAUCUCUACUGUA